AUGGCUGAAUGUUAUAAAAAAUAUGUUUCKCAAUGGUUUAGUGUGCUUAUGCCAAUAGUACAACCUCAUUUAUAUGGAAAUGGAGGAAAUAUAAUUUUGGUUCAGGUAGAAAAUGAGUAUGGAAGUUAUUAUGCCUGCGAUUUUGAGUAUAAAUUGUGGUUACGUGAUUUAUUUAGGAGUUACGUAGAAAAUAAAGCUGUGCUAUUUACAAUUGAUGGAUGUGGUCAGUCAAACUUUGACUGUGGCAUUAUUCCAGAAGUAUAUGCAACUGUAGAUUUUGGAGUUUCAUCAAACGCUUCCCAAUGUUUUGACUUCAUGAGAAAGGUUCAAAAAGGAGGUCCACUAGUUAACUCAGAGUUUUAUCCUGGUUGGUUAACUCAUUGGCAAGAAUCAGAAUCUAUAGUAGACUCCAAUGAUGUUGUUAAACAAAUGAAAGUAAUGUUGGCAAUGAAUGCUUCAUUUAGUUUUUAUAUGUUUCAUGGAGGUACAAAUUUUGGAUUCACAUCAGGAGCGAAUACAAAUGAUACCAAAGAAAGUAUUGGAUACUUACCGCAGUUAACCUCAUAUGAUUAUAAUGCUCCAUUGGAUGAAGCUGGAGAUCCUACUGAAAAGUAUUUUAAAAUUAAACGGACACUUGAAGAAGCUAAAUUUGCCGUGACAAAUGAGAUAUCACCGAAUUCUGCGCCUAAAGGUGCCUAUGGUAAAUUCUAUUUAAGACCUGUAGUUAGCAUAUUUGAAAAGAUGGCUCAACGUAUAAAACCGGUGAUCAGUAAUGUUCCUAUACCAUUUGAAGACCUAGAUAUUAACUCUGGUUUUGUAUUGUAUGAAACAACAUUAACAGAUGAUCAGAAGAAUGUUAAAAAUCCAGUAAACUUAACUGUGAAGACAGUAAGAGAUCGAGCCAUCAUUUACCUGGAUCGAGUAAAAAUGGGUACUAUGAAUCGGUUAAAAGCAAAUACUACAAUAAGUUUGAACAUUAACCGUUCUGUUCAAAACCUAAGCAUUUUAAUUGAAAAUCAGGGAAGGAUUAACUAUGGAGAUUUUAUUGAAGAUAGAAAGGGAAUUUUUGAUCAAGUGUUUCUUGGAAACAAAAUAUUGAGCCCGUGGAAAAUGACUGCAUAUCCUUUGAACGAUACAUCAUGGAUUUCUUCAAUAAAAUCAGUUGAAAAUGUCACUAGUGUUCAAUUACCGGCGUUUUACAAAACACAGUUUACAUUACCAGAAAAUUACACAAAAUGCUUAGAUACUUAUUUAGAUACUUCAGGCUGGACUAAGGGUGUAGCGUUUUUAAACAAUGUAAAUCUUGGACGGUAUUGGCCACUUGGUGGACCUCAAGUUACAUUAUAUGUGCCAGCACCUUUUUUAAAACCAUCACCUCAUGUCAAUACACUUGUGAUGUUAGAACUUGAAGGUACAUCUCAAGAUUUAUCUGUGAAAUUUGUUGAUAAACCUAUUCUUGAUGGUCCCAUUAUGACAUAAAUUAAAAUGUUAGUUAUAAAAUUCUUUAAAAAAGAUACAAAAAUAUUU